GAGUCACACGAACCUCAACGAGUCCUUCAAAGGAAACAGCCCUUCCUUUGAAUCAACCGAGAGAAAUACUUUCUCUCAACGUGUCUAGCAACACAAAUACACUCAAGAACGAGACUCUCUUAUAGAGUAGAUGAUGAGUAAACUAAGUACGCUCAAGAACAACUCAACCUUCACACAAAAUGGCUCUAAAAAGCUAUGGAAAAGAGUGUUGUUUGAAUGCAAUGAAACCUUGAAAGCCCAAGUAGAGUACUUGGCUAAAGAGGUAGCCAAGCUUACGAAGAUGAAACUCAACGAGCUCCAAGGAAGUGACCGUGAAGAAGACGUUAGUUCUAGUGGAACCAUGAAGCCUAAAGCCAAUGAAGGUUCUGACUUCAAAGUUGACAUUCCAACUUUUGAAGGGAAGAACGACCCGGACGAGUUCCUCGAGUGGCUAGAAACAGUGGAACGCGUCUUUGACUUCAAAGAUGUUUCCGACGAAAAGAAGGUCAAGAUAGUGGCCUUAAAGUUCCAGAAGUAUGCAUCAACUUGGUGGACUAAUACAUGCACCAAGAGGAGAAGAAACGACAAGGAACCGGUGUCCACGUGGAUAAAGAUGAGGUCCCUUCUAAAGAAGAAGUUUUUACCCGCCGAAUAUGUUCGUGAGAAUUUAGCUAAGCUUCAAACGCUCAGGCAAGGUUCUAAGUCCGUUGAAGAAUACAACCGGGAGUUUGAAGAGCUCUUGCUGAGGUGUGACUUGCAAGAAGAUGACGAACAAACCUUUGUUCGUUACCUAUUCGACUUAAACCUACAAAUCGCCAACACGGUGGAGUUGCAAAGUUACGACUCUCUUGAAGAACUCACGAAGUUGGCCCUCAAAGAGCUGUACAAGGAAGAUGAAGACUUCAAGGACACUUAUUCUAAGUCCCUCAUUCGGCCAUAUGGAGAUUUUCUUGUCAUAGACGGUUAUCUCUUCCGUGGUAACCAACUGUGCAUCCCGAAAAGCAGCAUGAUCGUUGUGAGUCAUUUAAGGCUGAUUCUUUCCUUGUUUGAAAGUCAACCUCCCACCCAACGAUGGGAAGCAUUUACCCAUCGAUGGGUAGGUGACCGUUGGCUUCAAAACUGAAGGAAAUUUGGCUUACCAGCGAUGGGUGAGUCUAAACAUCGAUGGGAAGCCAAUAUCCUGCAGAUCCCAAAUUUAUUCAAUCCCAUAAAUCAAGCCAAUCACCCCUUUAAUGUAUUGGUCCGUUGGAGCCUAUUUUGGCACUAUAAAAAGGGGUGUUUGGG